AUGGUCAAGAGGAGCGCAGAGGAUGUUGUAGAGUCUGAUGGGGAGGAUGUGAUCUCAUCUAACAGAGAGGCUGGACCCUCAGAUGCUCAUCCGGACCAACCUGGAAUAUCACGCCCUUCCUCGUCCAAGUCUAAGAAGAAAUCCAAACGACCGACUCCAGGGAUAGUCUACAUAUCUCGUCUGCCGCCAGGCAUGACGCCCCAAAAAGUCAGGCAUCUGAUGGCGAAAUGGGGCGAUGUAGGAAAAGUUUACGCGCAACGCAAGGAUGCCGUAACGGGAUACGAUCCGCAUCACAAUGAGAAGAAGAAGAAGACUCACGUGCAAGCCAACUUUUCCGAAGCCUGGGUCGAGUUCCUAGACAAGGCGGUAGCGAAGACAGUUGCGAAGAUGCUCAACGCUCAAGUCAUCGGAGGAAAGAAGGGCGACCGAUGGCGAGACGAUAUCUGGACGAUGAGGUAUCUCAGUGGCUUCAAAUGGGAGAUGCUGGGUGAACAAGUCGCAUACGAAAAGCAAGCACAUCAGGCUCGAUUGCGGAACGAAAUCGCUCGCUCGAAAUCUGAGCAAUCGGAAUAUCUCAAGAAUGUCGAAUUGGCUCGAGUACUCAACAAGCGCAAGGCUAAGACGUCGCAAGCAAACGGAGAUGACAAGGUUCUCAAAGAGAUUUCCAGAAGCUCAGCGGCCUCGUCAGCGGAGGGUGCGAAGGCGAGGCGGGAUUAUAAACAGAGGAAGACUGUGGAAGGUAACAAGGAUGGAGGAGGAAUGGAAGGCGUACUUGCAAGUGUAUUUGGUUGA